GUCCCAUUUCCCACUGCAGUUGAAUGCCGCUCACUGUUGGGAGCAGUCGGACACGCAGGGACUGGGGCUGGAGGCUCAGAGCCGGAGUCUGUCUCAGGAAACACUCCGACGAAUCCCCCACAGAUCUACACCGGCUGCCUCCAUGUAGUCAGCUGCUUCUCCAACUCCUGCACAGUUCAGGGGAAGUGGGUUUCCUAUCUGUGACCCAGAGGCCAUGCUGACAGGGGGGCUGAUGGGAAAGUCUUACCUCCUGCAACACCCACCCGUUCCUCUGAGAGGUGGAGUGAAAUGUGGAUAACUGUGUGAGCCAGGGGAAUUCAACGUUUGAGCCAAGACAUCCUCGCACAGAGCCAAAAAGAAAUCUGUUCUACUUUACACAAAAUACACACACACACCCCCUCCCUCCUGAUCAGCCGCCACAAUGCUGAUGCCAGGACCACUAUGGGUGUGCCUGGCACUGAUAUGGGUGAGAAUGUGUGCUGCCCACAGCCUGUUUACCUGUGAGCCGAUCAGAGUGCAUCGGUGCUUGGGGGUGCCUUACAACAUGACCUUCUUUCCCAACAUGAUGGAGCACUAUGAUCAGGAUAUUGCAGCCAGCAAUAUGGAGCCUUUCAUGCCCCUGGCAACUCUACAUUGCUCUCCAGACGUCCACCACUUCCUAUGUCAAGCCUUUAUCCCAGCAUGCACUGAGGAGAAUAAAGUGAUCCGUCCUUGUCGAGAGCACUGUGAGGCAGUUCUGUCAGACUGCAAGGAGAAUAUCCGGAUCUUUGGCAUCACAUGGCCUCCUGAGCUACAGUGUGACAAAUUAGAUUCAUGUAGUUCCGAUGAUGGUUCUACUCCUGCUGCAACCACGCCAGUGAUCUCCUCAUCAGCUAUGAGGGACCUGGGCUUCUGGUGCCCUCUGCAGUUAAAGACCAAGCCAGGCCAUGGAGCAUCGUUCCUGGGUGCCCAGGACUGUGCUCCGCCCUGCUCCAACAUGUACUUCAAACCUCACGACAUUGAGUUCGCGAAGAGCUUCAUCGGCGUGUGCUCCAUCAUCUGCCUGGGAGCAACUCUCUUCACAUUCCUCACUUUCCUCAUUGAUGUCAAACGUUUUCGCUACCCUGAGCGGCCAAUAAUCUUUUACGCCGUCUGCUACAGCUUCGUCUCGCUCAUAUACUUCAUCGGGUUCUUGCUGGGGAACAAAGCAGCCUGUACCGAGGCAGUGCAGCCUGCAGGCGUGGAUACAGUGGUGCUCGGCUCUCAGAGCAAAGGGUGCACUUUGCUUUUCAUGUUCCUCUACUUCUUCUCCAUCGCUGGUGUUGUCUGGUGGGUCAUCCUCACCAUCACCUGGUUCCUGGCAGCUGGACCCAAGUGGAGCUGCGAAGCCAUAGAGAAGAAAGCGGUGUGGUUUCACACUGCUGCCUGGGGGAUCCCCGGGGCGCUAACUGUCAUGCUACUUGCCAUGAACAAGGUUGAGGGGGACAACAUCAGCGGGGUUUGUUUUGUGGGACUCUAUGACUUGGACGCCCUGCGCUACUUUGUUCUGGCUCCGCUGUCAGUUGGUGUCGUAGUCGGCCUCUUCCUCAUCCUGGCAGGCAUUGUCUCUCUCAACCACGUGCGACAGGUCAUUCAGCACGACGAGCGUAACCAGGAGAAGCUGAAGAAGUUCAUGAUCCGCAUCGGUGUGUUCAGCUGCCUCUAUCUGGUGCCGCUGGUCACUCUGUUAGCCUGCUACACCUACGAGCAGAGUCAUCGCAGAGCCUGGGAGGAAACCUGGAUCAACGACCGCUGUCAGGAGUACAGCAUCCCAUGUUCCUACAAGACAACAGAGAACGACCGUCCCGACCUCUCUCUGUUUUUGGUCAAAUACUUGAUGACGCUGGUGGUUGGAAUAUCUGCAGUGUUCUGGGUCAGCAGCAAGAAGACAUGCUCUCAGUGGGCCUACUUCUUCAACAGGACCCGCAAGAGAGAUCCCAUCAGCGAGAGCCGCCGGGUGCUCCAGGAGUCCUGCGAGUUCUUCCUCAAGCACAACAGCCGCGUCCAGCACAAGAAGAAACACUACAAGCCCAGCUCCCACAGGCUCAAAGUCAUCUCCAAGUCCAUGGGCACAAGCACGGGCGCGGCUGCCACCAACGCCUCCACUGUCGCCAGCACCCCCAGUAAAGGAACCUCUGCACUGGGUAACCAUGAUCCCCACAUGCAAGGUUCUCUGUCUGAGACCUCAGCCAGGGAGCACCUGGACAGGGGCACCUUGAGCCGAAGCUCCAGAAGAGGGGAGAGGGACAGAGAGAGGGAGCGGGGAGAGAGACGCAGCAAAGGUGAAGGUUCCAGCAAGUUCAGCAGCCACUCAGAGAACCUGCAUCCAGAUGGGAGGAUGAGUCCUAGGAGCGAGCUGUCAGAGGCCAGACAGGUUCCCAUUGGACAGCAACAUCCAGUGAUGAAAAAAUCACACAGCAGCAUCAUCCAGGACUCCACCCACCAGCUGGUGCACCAGGUGCCUGAGGACAGCAAGGACACAAAGGAUAGCAGCUGCUGAGAGAUCUGAUCCAUCCAUCCACCUAUCCAUCCAUCCAUCCAUCCAUCCAUCCAUCCAUCCAUGAUACCACUGAGAAAACAGUCACACAUGUUGCUGGUUGAUGUUACCUCUUUGUGUAGUAUUAUACAUCAUAUUAUUAUUUUAUUUGUUUCAUUAUAGUCAGUGAAUCUUCAGCAACAGCUAAAUGUAUCCUACCUUGAGUAUUUCAUAUGUGGUUCAGUGAGUUUUAGCAGAGAAUCUAGAGGUGUUAGAUGAAUUUAGUUUGGGUCACAAUAAUGUCUUUCAGCUUUAUUGAGCUUUUAGCCUGACACACAGCAGCGCAGCUCUGUCCCAAUUUUAAAAUGACCAGUUUGAUUUUAAAGAGUGCAUCAGCUCUACUAUUUUGUACAUUGGUAGCUCAGAAGCAUAUAAUGCAUACUAGUUAGCACAAGAAAUAUUUAUCUGCAUAUUUUUUUGAAAGUCUUUGACUGGACUAGUCGUUACACUGAGGGUUUUGUUAGAAUUAUGAUGAUGCCAAACAUUGAGCACGAGGAGAGAAUUCCUGUGGAUAACUCUUAUUGAAUGUCUUAUUGUUCCUUGUGUUAAAGGUGAAACCUCAUCUUGUAAUACACAGUGUGCAACUUUUUUCUUCUUCAAAAAGAGGCAUACUCUUAAACAUUUUUUUUUACAGUUUUCUAAGAAGAUCUUUCAUUUUAUGUUUGCCUCCAUUUUCCUAGAUAUUUGUGUUGUGUAAACACUGAUUCUGCCAAUUUUGCAAUUUUGUGUAAGCGUUUCCAAGAUGUGAAUCUGGAUCAAGUAUUUGAGCUUUAUAGUUUUCUGAAAGAAUGUGCCUUCCUCUUCCUCAAAGAACCUACAGAUGUUUUGCAUGUGUGAUGUCUACCUGUGUUUCUCGUUGUAGGUGUUAAGUCUUAUGAUCUUCAAGAAAAUUGAAGAGACAAAUCAAACAGUCAUUGCAAUAUUCUUCGUUAGAAGCACAAACCACUACUUUUAAAGUAUGAAUAGUCGUAAGCAGUCAUAUUUUAAAGGUUCUGGUUUUAUUUUUAUAACAUAUGGGUCACAGAUCCUACAGCACUCCUUCGAGAAGUGUGUUUUAUUAGAGCAUGUGUUGUGCUGUAGUAUUUUGCCAUGUAAGCGACCGAUUCUUCCCUCAGCUUUCUUUACCUUUUAUAUUUGGGAGUUACGUGAUAGUUCCAGGAACACUUUUGAAAAGGGAAUCCUCGUCAGCCUAUUUCUACUGUAUAUACUUACUCUGGCAUGUGGACUGGGGUCUAUAUGCUUAUGAUAGUGGUGUCUAUUAAAUACUGUACAACAGGGGGUUUUCAAAGUGAGAGAAUGGGGACCUCAGUCAAAGCUGGGAAAGAGGGGCCUCCUCGCCCCAACUAAGUUUAGGUAGUUUUGCCCCAUUACCUUUUUCUGUGACUACAAAAUCCAUAAAUUCCCACUUAUAUUCCCUGAGCCACCCUCCCACUUUGAAAACCUCUGUAAAUACAGUUCUGUGCACUGUUUUUUAUGUAGCCUGUCUUUCAAUCCAAUUUUGUAUUUGUAAUUUCAUUUUGAUAAAAUAUUGAAUAAUAAAAGAAUGAAUUUA